GGACCUGCGGGACAAGAUGGAGUACGUGCAGGUUCUGAAACGGGGGCUGCAGCAGAUCAGCGGUCACGGCGGCCUCCGGGGCUAUUUACGAAUUUUGUUCAGGGCAAACGAUUUAAGAGUUGGUACAUUAGUCGGGGAAGACAAAUAUGGAAACAAAUACUAUGAAGACAACAAACAGUUUUUUGGCCGUCAUCGAUGGGUUAUAUAUACGACUGAAAUGAAUGGCAAAAACACGUUCUGGGAUGUGGAUGGAAGCAUGGUACCGCCUGAAUGGCAUCGUUGGCUUCACUGUAUGACUGAUGAUCCUCCAACUAUAAAACCACCCACUGCUCGCAAGUUCAUCUGGACGAACCAUAAAUUCAACCAGAGUGGCACUCCAGGGCAGUAUGUACCUUAUUCCACCACUAGAAAGAAGAUUCAGGAGUGGGUUCCACCUUCAACACCUUAUACAUAAAGACAGUGAAAACAUUUUAAACGUGUAAGAAAUCAGCUUU